CCGGGAUUGAAAAUGUUGUGUUUGUUUCAGUUGGAACGUGAAAUGGCUCUUGCUGAGAUAGUUGAUGAAAGGAAGCGUGCUUAUGAAUUGGCGAAAUCUCGUGAGAUGUUGCUGUGGAGUAUGCCUGGUGGGCUCUUAACAGUAUUGGCAUCAGCAUAUUCAUCAUUACAUCACAAAAAUAUUAUACAUACAUUACCAAUCUUACCGAUCAUGACUUAUUUAUGCUAUCAAACGCAUUUGUGUUAUGGUAAUAAACUUCAGAUCAUCAAAAAGCAGAUAUUAUCCGAACGAACUGAACCAAUUCUCAAAACGAUAACAUUAAACGAUGUUUAUCGACGUCGGGAAGAACUUAUGAAAAUUCGUGAUACAGAAUGGUAA